UCUGAGGCUUUGCCUGCCGCCUUUUUGGUGUGAGUUUCCACAUCCAGGUACUAGUCCACCAGUGACCCUGGACUGUAACAAAACAUAAAAAGCCCGAACCCACCUCCCGCCACCAGCAUAGCUCCACGCUCUGGAAUCUGACAGACAUCGUCAACCCUUGUGCUUCAGUUUUAUAACUUGUAAGGUGCUGUAGCUCGCUUGGAAAUCAGUAAACCAUGGCAUCUAAGAAGUUUGCCAUUAAAUGUGGGAAUUUUGCUGUCCUCGUGGAUCUUCAUAUAGUGCCACAAGGUCCAAACAAAGAUUCCAGUUGGUUUUCUGAGCAGAAGAAAGAGGAAGUUUGUUUGCUGUUAAAAGAAACCAUUGAUUCCAGAGUUAAGGAGUACGUGGGCAUUUAUAAACAGCACAGGCCAUCAAAUGCAGAAUUCACAAGAUCCAGUCCCUUGUCCUUAAAAGGUUAUGGCUUUCAGAUCACAGCCUAUUUCAUCAAGAGAGGGAUACACCUUCGCUGUAUUCAGAGCUCACAGAACACUGAACUUCGUAUAUUUCCUGACAGAUUUGUGGUCUGUGUUAGUCAACUUGCAUUCAGUCAUGAUACUUGGGCAAGCCAGAAUGAAAAAUCGACAAAAAGAACCCUGCACGGACUGUCUGACUAUUUCGCUGGGUGUGCACAGAGUUCACCUUCUCCUGGUACAAAGCUCAAGAAAAACACUCUACAAGAAAUUGUGAGAAGAACUGAAGCAAAAAGCAGUGCCAAGAGCAAAUCACAGACCAGCGUGGACCUUGUGGGAAGAUCUAGUGACUCGGUCAUUACUGUGGUACCAAGGAGGAGAGAUGCCUCAGCCAUUCUCCUGUCAGAAUCCAUGGGUCAAGCACAGGAUGACAUAAAAGCAGCCAAGAGCAACCGGGGACUUCCUGUUCAAAAGCUGGAAAAUGUUUCCCAGACUCAGCCAGAAGACACUAGCAGCCAGCAACAACCUCAUCCUGGGGAGUGGCUAAAGACGGGGCUUCUAAGCAGGAGCCCUAUGUGUAGUUAUGAGUCAGCAUCACCAGGUCCAAAGCAAAGUCCACGAGCAGCCAAGACACAACAGAAACGCAGGAACUGCGGCUCUGCGGAAGACUCUGACCACCGCAGGAGAGUUUCUCUUGGAAAUGAUGGGUUAGCCCCAGGAGACGUGGUGGUGGGAAAGAGCACAGCUGUCAGUGUUUUGCCAGCGUUAGAGUUGUCAGAUCCAGGGUUGCUUUUGAAUCAGGAUUUGGCAAAAGCCACACCUAAAGAAGAGCUACAUGCUUUGGAAAAUCUCUCCUCCAGACACCUUAUGACCAACAUCCCAGGGCAGGCACAGCAAGCCACCCCGGCUACAGCUGACGAAAGAUUAGCUACAGUUGAAGGCGGCCCAAGCAAGAAAAGAAAGAAAUUGCAAAGUUCUAGCAGAGGAUGCAGUGGCAAGAAAACAUUGAGUGUGUAGUUCCCAGGAUUUGGAAAGAAUUGGGGUAAUCUCUCUAAAUAAACAGAUGUGUAGAGGCUGGAGGACUGUCUCAGCUUCUAGGAGCACUACUGCUCUUGCAGAGGACAUAGGUUGGCUUCCAAGCAUCCACAAGGUGACUCACAAGCAUCACAAACUCUCGAUCCAGGAGACACAACACCCACUUUUGGCCCCCAUGGGCACCGGGCAUGCACAUGGUAUGUAUACACACAAGUAGGCAAAACACACAUACACAUGAGAUAAAUCUUUUUUAAAAGCUGUUUGUGUUGGGAUUAGUCUUCACAGUCACCUCCUGGAGGCUGUUUUUCUAAUAGGCGUGUUACUUUCUCAUCAUGUUUAUAACUGUCUCCAGAAAACACUGUGUUGACAAAGAGCCCUCUACUUGUCAAGGUAUAUAGGACCCCAUGGAGAAACCAGUAAUGUGGGGUAUUCUCAUCGCAUCACUAUGAAGACCUCCUGAUGGGAUACAGAGAGACGGUGCCCUGCGCUGCCGGCCAGCUCUUGUGCUCCAGUCCUCUUGCUCCUCAAACUGAGUAGCUGGCAGUGAAAAUAGGGCUAAUGGUUCUCAGCGCUGUGGUUCUAUGCGAAAUGCAGGUUUGGGAGUCUGAGAGGAACUACGAUUCUGAAAUACCACUAAAGCUGACAAUUCCCUAGGAAUUAUUUCCUCCAGCCUUGCCACCGCAGCUUCUUUCAACUGGGGCCACAUGUGGACACGUACACCCCUGUGCUCCCUCGGACUUGUGAAGUAUUUAGAUUGGGUUUGGUGUGUGAGUCACUUAAUUCCCAGGUUCUGCUGCAGGAUGGAGACAGCGCUUAGGGAGCUGGUUAGCUGUAGUUGCCAGAAAUGUACAAGGUAAUUCAUCUCAGCCUUAGGUGAAGAUAUGGAAGAGGUGUGUUCUGUGUGACACAGGUCUGACCCUGUCCUUGUUCACACCUCCAGUAUUCCAGCUACAGUAAGGACAGACCAGAACCCAUUCCAUUUCCAAGUUGAAAAAUUUCAGGGCAUUUACAUAUUCUCUUUGGUUGUAUAGCCUGCUCUCAAGACAAGAAACCUAAGUUGUCAGCCUGGAAGUUUCAUCUGAUUACCCCAGCCUCAAAGGACCAGAAACCACUUGCUGUUGUUCCUUUCCUUUCCUGCCUAGCUUUUUUUUCUUGAGAGAUAAUUCCCAACCAUUGAAUCCUCAAUGGAAGUCCUAAUAGCCCGCAUUAUACACCAAGGAGCAGCUCUCUCAGAAAGAUCCUAAAGUCAAAGCCAGUCCUAUCAGAAUGAUGGGCUCUAAAACUAAGAUAUUCCGACCUGGAAUCAACAGGGUUUUACUUGUUUAAUGGUUAAGGUGAGACUCAGUCCUUAAUUGUACUUAAAUGAAGGAUAUGCUUUCAAGAAAUGUUUUGUUUUUCAAAUCUGUUAUUGUAGGAAAUAAUGAUUAUUGUGACUAGUGAGAAAAAAUAGUAUGUUUGGUUUGUACAUAGAUGUGGUCUUUCACACAGUCUCCAUGCACAAUGGAUUUUAACAGGAUUAGCAGGGAAUGGCUCUGGGCUCCCACAAGUGGCAUAUAUUUAAGGAUAUGCCUUUAAGGAUUUUGCCUUUAAGCAUUUUCCUUCGGUGUAUCUGAAACACCUCUACAUCUCUUGUUUCUUGAAUGGUUUUAUAAUUCUUUGAAUAUAUGGACAAAGGGGAAAAUUAGUCACAAGUGUUUUGUUAAUCAUCAGGUGGUCUAUUAAAUAUUUUCUACUGUUGGGAGCGAUAUGAGUUUUUAUAUUCUUAACUAUUGUAAUAACUUGGCAUUUGAAAUUCUGAGACCCUGUCAGUGUUGAUGGUCAAAAACAAGUUCUUCAACCCCUUGGUACCCAAACUAAAUUUAUAUUCAGGUCCCUGUAAUUCUGAUACUUAUAAGAGAUAUCCAUCCAGUUUUCCGCAUAUUAUUAUAACUGAAGAACUUUCUCAGUACCUGGGAUGCUAAGCCACCUCUAUGUUCUUUCAAAUGACAUUUAAUAAGUGAGAAUUGGUUAGGUCUUUUUCUUUCUUUCUUUCUUUCUUUCUUUCUUUCUUUCUUUCUUUCUUUCUUUCUUUCUUCCUCUCCCUCCACCCCCAUUUAAAAUCCUGUGGGAGAGGCUGGGCCUGGGGCUGUCCUAGCACACGGGAGGCAAAGGCAGGCAGAUCUUGUGAGUUCAAGGCUAACUUGGCCUACAUAGUAAGUUCCCAGAUAGCCAGAGCUACAUAGUGAGACCCUGUCUCAAAACAAACAGACGAAAAAGGGUAUGAUAAUAAUCUGAGGUUUUUCUUGCACAAUUGUUUUUUCUUUGCCACUGGAGGUAAAUUCACCUAGAUAUGUAUAUGAUACGUUAAGUGUAAAAGGUCACUUGGCACUAGAACAGAGUAAGAACCACAUGGUUUUGUUCCCUUAUUGCAUGCUAAAGAAAUAUGGAAAUGCAUUUCAUUCUUUAAAAAUAAGACUCAUAGGCUGUUGGUGAAGAAGGCACUUUGCAUGUGCAGUUCUCUGGAUUUGAUCCCUAAGAUAUCAGUAAGAAAGAAAAAUACACAAAACUUCUGUAGUUUGAUUUAUGUAGCUCAUCUCUGGAUGAACCUUCUCAAAGUGUAUUUUGGAGAUGAUGCUGGGGGGUUUCGGUAUAAUUGUUUUAUGUUUGCUGUUGUAUUUAGAUUUCAGCAGAGAUCGUGCCUAUCAGUGCCCUUUGGCUUCAGAAAGAGCCCUGACUGGGGCAGACACAUAGGGAAGGAACUAUCUAUGCCCAAGAGAAUGGCCUAGGAUCAGUGGCGGCAUUCGUGUUUCCGUAAGCUCCUUGGCAGACCUUACUGUAAUAUUUCCACAAAACAGUAGUGAAUGGUCCUCUGAAUAACAAGCAACUUUUCAAGAGCCAAAAAAACUCGCUGUGCAGCAUGCUGGGACUGGAAUAUGGAAAUUGUUUUAAUUUCUUCUUUUCUCUUAUGAGGAAAUCACUGCAUUUGGUUUGUCAAGACAAGAGAGUUCAUUCCCCAGUAUUGAAACAGUGAUGAACUAAAACAUGUUGGAGCAAGUUUAAAAAAAAAAUAAGUCAAAAUUAAACUGGCUUCUCUUAAAUAGCUUAAAGCUUUCCACAGUACAAAAUAAAUUAAGCAUUGUAAAAUGAAGUUAACUUAAGUAACCACUCAGUACAGAAAUGUAGCCAUAUAUAUCAUCAGCCUUGCUGUUCCAGGGUAUAAUUAAAUCCUCAGAAAUCUGCAGAAUUCCCUCUAAUUUGGUUUCUAUAUAUAUUUAAUGAGACAGGGAGUGAAUGUAUGUCAGUAUGUAGCAUAACAGGGACCUUAGAUGGAUGAGAUUUCCUUUAUCCUCUGGACCCAUUCAGGUAAAUUCCAUUGGCAGCAGAGAAUUGCCAUACUACAUUAAGUGUUCCCAUCACCAUUCUUACCAGAGAUUGGGAAUUACAGUUUACUGAAGCAAAAGUUGGUAAAACCACACAUUUGACUCCGCAAAGCAUCUGAUGGGUUCUAAUAGGUGGUAAUUUGACAGAUUCUCAGAAUGAGUUUCCGGGUAGAAUUAGACAUUGCCAAAUCUCCAGGAGAACCCUGGUCCUCUCAUUUAAGUAGCUUAAAUAGUCUGAAUGUACAGCAAAUAAAACCAUUUUUGUAUUGAA